CUCCAAGCGAUCCGUGAAUUCGCCAACCAGCUCGACGGUACGCCCAGCCUUGCGCCGUAUCUCACUGUCAUCUAGACGCCGCUGCGUCAUUGGAUUGCGAAACGGGGUCCGCGAUGCAUCGAUUCUUCCUUCGAACGGCUGCGUGUUAGGACAUUUGGCGUUGAUCCCUGCCAUCUACCAGAUAGAACCCCACCCGUGUCAAAUCCCCUCACGCCUCCAGGCCACGACAUAUUGGAAAGCUGAAGACACGCUAGCUGUCCAAUCACCGAUGUGCGGAUCUCCACGCUUCACCAAACCCUGAUUUCCGACACAAACAGCCUCGUCCAAGCCACACACCAUGUCCAGCUUGGCUAGAGAGUUCGCGAAGACCAAACUUUCUUCCCUGCCACCGCCAGAGCCCUUGCAGGAGGAGCCUCCCGAGUACGAAGAUGACUCGUCCUCGGCAUCGUCAAUGUCUAGCACCGGUACUGUCAGACCGUCAAAUACACUAAGGCCCGCCCCCGCAAUACAUUGGUCCGACUACUAUGCCCAAGAGUUCUAUCUUGAACAGGACAGGGAUGGGUCAGGACAUGCCAAGUUUCAUGUCUACCUCACACCACCAGCGACAGCCAAAGCACCCUUGGUAGUACUCCAUCAUGGCGCAGGAAGCUCGGCAAUGACCUUUGCGCUGGCGGCCAAGGAGAUUCGCAGGGCUAUGCCAGAAAUCGGGAUACUGGCUGUCGAAGCACGCGACCACGGAAGUGUAGUAUGGAACGCUAGUGGGGAGGUGGACAACGACCUCAGCAUUGGGCAGCUUAGUGAAGACCUAGUGGACAUGCUGUCGCUCACCCAGAGCAAGAUGAGCUGGAAAGAACUCCCUCAGGUCGUCCUGAUAGGGCACAGUCUGGGCGGUGCUGUUGUUACUGAUGCCGCGAACAAGGGCCUACUGGGAAGUAAGUUACUAGGCUUUGGAGUGCUUGAUGUCGUCGAAGGAUCAGCCAUGGAAACGCUGGGACACAUGCACACGUACCUUGCGAGCAGGCCCAAGUCGUUUCCUUCGCUUCCUGCUGCUAUCGAGUGGCAUAUACGAUCACGGACGAUCCGCAACCCACAGUCGGCAAGAGCAAGCGUACCGAGCCUGCUGUUACAAAACUCAGAUGGGCGCUGGGCUUGGCGGACAGAGCUUGCGAGCACAGAACCAUACUGGGAGAAUUGGUUCACUGGCAUGAGCAGCAAGUUCCUCAGUGGAAAAGGAGCCAAGCUUUUGCUGCUCGCUGGAACCGACAGGUUGGACAAGGAACUGAUGAUUGGACAGAUGCAGGGCAAAUUCCAACUCCAAGUUUUUCCCGCCGCUGGUCAUUUCCUCCACGAAGACCUCCCUGAAAAGACGGCUGAAGUCGUGGUCGAGUUUGUGAAGCGCAAUGACCGCAGUGCGCUUAUCCUUCCGCCCAAAGUCUCUGAUCUCCUUGCACAGGGCAAAAGAGUAUAAGCUCCCUAGGCACAUGUUCUUCCUCACCGCGCGCACCCUAAUUAUCUUGUAAUAUAAAUGGCAUACAACUGGGGUAGGUUGCGCCCUCUCAACUUUUGCUUUCAGAUCUGGUCUGACGGUGUCCAGUGGUUCGGGUAUCGCAUUUUGAUCCAGACCUCAACCUAAGCCUUUUGCUAGCUAUCAUGGCGAAGUUGGCUCUGAAGGCUCUCCUCCAUCCGGCGCAUCCCCGCCUCCGUCAGCCUUGGACUUGUGCUUCCUUCUCCUC